GCGCGACGCGUGUGACGUCACCCGGGCGACGUGACGUCACACACCUCACGCCCCUGACAGCCGCGGCCGACACCGCAUCGUUUAACGUCCUCCUCCCUCACCUCGUCGAUGUCCGCAAUCGUCGGGAAAAUGGACGGCGGGGACGAGAAGCGAACGUCCUGCGUCGUCUGCGGCCAGGAGGCGGACGGCGCGGCCGCGCUGCAGGACCACAUGAGGCAGCACGGCAGGUGGGGCAACCCGGCCGUCGUGCACCUGUGCGACCAGUGCGUGUACAGCACGGACAAGCAGAGCCGCCUCAACAUCCACCAGAGGAUCCACACGGGCGAGAAGCCCUACAUGUGCACCGCGUGCGGCAAGGCGUUCACCCAGUCGGGGGCCCUCCAGUGCCACCAGAGGACGCACACGGGCGAGAAGCCCUACAAGUGCACGAUGUGCGAGAAGGCCUUCACGCAGUCGGGCGCCCUGCACAACCACGAGAGGACGCACACGGGCGAGAAGCCCUACAAGUGCUCGGUGUGCGGCAAGGCCUUCACGCAGUCGGGGGCCCUCCAGAGCCACCAGAGGACGCACACGGGCGAGAAGCCGUACAAGUGCACCGUGUGCGGCAAGGCCUUCACUCAGUCGGGCGCCCUCCACAGCCACCACAGGACCCACACGGGCGAGAAGCCGUACAAGUGCGGCGUGUGCAUGAAGGCGUUCACCCAGUCGGAGAACCUGCACAAGCACCAGGUCACCCACGCGGGCCUCCAGUUCAAGAGUUCGAACUUCACGACCCCGACGAUAAUAAAGAAUUGAAUUUUUGGGGGUGGGGUUGGGGGUGGGACGGAGGUGGGCAAAUCGCGACGGACGCUCUCGCAGGUGAUCCCUCUCGUCGGCGUCGAUCGCCCUGACCGACCGGGCCGGAGGGACGUGUGGCGACUGCGGGACGGACAGGCCCGGGGGGGACACGAAGCGUCGUCGUCGUCGUCGUCGUCGUCGCCGCCGCCGCUUGAUACUCUGCGCCUUCCCCGCGCGGUCGACGAGGCCCCCCCCCCCCCCCCC